ACGAUCCUCAUCUCCCCACUGCAUUCGCUUGACCUCCCCUUCAAUCACCCGCGGGGUUGCCCUUCCUUCCUGCAGCAUUACGAACAGCUGUCCCUCGGUAAUUCCCAUCUCCCCUCCCCACGCCUCCCCUCCGCCUCUCAUUUGCAACGGGUGGCUUCGCGCUCUGUCAAUUCCGUCACUGUUCCGACCGUCCCACUCCCUUUGUUGAUUAUCCUUCCCGGAGCCUGGUCCACCAUCGCUUGCUUGUUGAAGAACGAGAGAUUCUUGUAGUAGACUCGAUCCUCAAUUCUCAUGGUCAAAACCCCAAGGUUCUUGCGAUCGCCUGAGCUCCUAGCAAAACCCGUCCGCGGCCGUGGUACGAUCAGACCUUCGGGUGGGGUAAGGCUAUUGCGCACUUAUCUUACCUGAAGUCUCAGGCCGUCCAUCUGGCUCAGUGCUCGACAGUCUCGGCUGAUGCUACUUUGAGCUCGCCACUAUGCCUCUUGACGAAGACGGCGCCAAAUGGUCAUGCGAACCAUGCAUCCGUGGCCAUCGGUCCUCAAAAUGUCAGCAUUUCGACAGGAUGAUGAUGAAGGUCCCCAAGGCUGGACGCCCGCUAGCUAAAUGCCCCCACCCAAAAGGGACAUGCAGCUGUCAGAAACUGUAUGCAUUCAUGAUUCGCAUUCCCAAAGGUUCCACUUGCUUGUGUAGACCAGUUUACCAAGUGCCCGCCGAUGCCGCGGAAUCAGCCUCGACUACACCAAUUCCUGCUGCUCCGAUGCUGUCAGCUGUUCCCAACAAGGUCCAGAAACCCGUCAAACGACAGAUCAAGACAGCCCCAGAGAAUCUCACCAAAGCCCUAAACUCCAUACCAGAAUUUAGGAAACAGCACCUGGAGACUGGGGUCCCAAACCAACCUCCUCCUUAUGCGGCCCAGAAGCUUUUGAGCGACCCAUACGAUACUGUAAAUCAAGUUUCAAAAUCUUCGCACAAUUCUUCGCACCAAGCCAGCGAAAUUAAGACACUGCAGGGUAGCAGCUGUUGCUCUCGCAAACCCCAGCAACCCGCGCCGACACCAGCUCCCCAGGUCCAACGUUCUUGUUGUGGAAAGCCCAAACCGCCCGCAAAUGUUGAAAAUGUCGAGAAUGAAGGCCCCGUAUUCAGCAGCUCCGAUUACUUCAAUUCGUCGGUCUUCGACAAUGGUGAGAGGAUUUACACGAGUCCUAUCCCUCAGGUAUCGACAUGGCAAGAUUUCCAGGCAGCGAAGCAAAGCCAGUACAUGCAACCUUUCUCAUUACCAGUGUCUGAGCCUGGAUAUAUUUCUAUGCCCGACCCUGUUACGCAUAUCACUUCCAAGCCCUUGGCCUAUCCACAUCAACAACAUUUAGAAAAUUAUGGAUCCUUCCAAGAUUCGACUACGCAGCCACUCUCGGAAUGUGCGCAGAAUGCCGCUUCGGGUCCAGCAAAUACUCAGAGCGUUGCCGAAGCCGAAGCCACCCAUGACUGCAGCUGUGGCGACGGCUGCCAGUGCCUGGGCUGUGCAUCUCACCCUUUUAAUAACACUACUAGGCAGCAUGUUCGAGAGAUGGGACUCCUGGUGUCUUUGAACGGCGGCGAGCAGAGUCUGGAUCGGCUAAACUCCCAUAUAAGCUCCCCUCUGCAGGGGCAGCUCACAGACUUCGCUUCAUUACAAUACCCAUACUCGAACUUUGAACAUUCGACUGGGGAUAGCGCUCAGCCUAUUGCAAUGCAUGCCUAUUCCCAACAAAGCACAAACGCUAGCCACGCGAAUAGCGGCUAUUCCUCCCCGCCAGCGGAAUACCUCGGGCAGCAACUGAUGGAGCCUUCGGAGUAUUAUACUCUAGAAUAUCCCGUGGGACUGCCCAGUGCGUGUGCUGAUACAACUGGAAGUUGCCAGUGCGGGAAUGACUGUACCUGCGUUGGUUGUCUCACCCACAGCGGGCACAAUGGCAUUGCUCUUGAGCCCACCAUGUCCGACGCCGACUGGGCCAACAUGGACGCUCCGACUUUCUCAAUGGAAGCUGCGGGUGCCAACACGUCCCAGAUGCCUGCGCUCAAUCACUUCAUGGCUUACACGAACUCCAUGCUCUAAAACCUUGUCCCUUGCAUAAUCCGUUCGCGACCCUUCUUUUUUCUGUCUUCGCUAGCAUCUCGUGCGCACUCGGAUGACUGACGAUUUUUCAUGAUACCCCUCUCACAUAGAUGCUGGAUGAUAGAGUACAUAAAGCCCUUCCAUGUUGUCUACAGUUAUAUGAGUACUUUUACUUCGC